UGUGCAAUGUGAAAGAAAACCGGGCCUUGUCCCGGCUGGAGCCGCGGCCCAAGAACUGAGGCGAGUCGCGAGCGUACCCUAGCCGCCAGCCGCUCAACACGCCCGAGACCUCAACUCCCGACGCCUUCUGUUUCAGCGUCCUGCUAGGCCGCCGCAGUUCCCCUGCUAGGCCGCCGCAGUUCCCUCUCCGCUCCGCCGGAUCCAUCCCUCGCUCUGCUCAUCGCCCCAAUGCCGAAAAAGGUCGCCAUGCGGCGAGGUAAGCCCGCCCCCGACCAAGGGAAGAGGCGGCGCCACGGGCCGCGGCUGUCCAAGGUGAUGCUUCGGGAGCUCGACGCGAUGGGGCCUGGCCCUGCCCGCGGCUCCGAUGGUGAGGAGGACGGGUCCGACGCGGUUGCCGAGGACGUGUACGAGUACGAGGAAGGGGUGCCCGAGGAGGAGGCCGGCAAGAACGGCCGCUAUGACACCGUCGCCAAGUACGAGUACAACUUCGACAGCGACGCCUCCGAUGCGGAUGAGGAUGUGCCUUCGGAGGAAGGCGAGGAUAUGGACGAAGAUGACAAUGACGACGGUGAUGAUGAGGAGAAGCAGAUAAGAAUACUUCAGGAGACGACCGGAAUGCCCAGAGAAGCCUUCGAUGGAAAGAAGAGGAAACAGCCAUCGGAGCUGCACCUGCAGCAUGGCGAUGGAGAUGGUCCUGUCACAAUUCAUGAUCUCUUGGACAAUGUCCAGGGGAAACCUGGUUAUAGCAAGAUCCGUAAGAGGCUGCAGCAGCAGGAGAAAAAACCGAUGGUCGUGCUAGCCCCACUUCCAAAAGUAGAGAGGGACAAGAUCGAGCGCAGCGUGACGUUUCAGAAAUCCAAGAAUGAGCUAACAAAGUGGGAAGGAAUCGUGAAGAGUAACAGGGAAGCUCCUGUACUAUACUUUGAAAAUGAUACCAACUUGGGUGUGAACACUGUUGCGGCAAUUGCUAGCGAAUUUAAACCAAGGACUGAGUUUGAGAAGAAGAUUGCUGAGAUUACGCAAAGCACUGAAAUAAUAGAAGCACACAAGAACGAUGGUGCCAAAAUCCUGGAACUUAACAAGAUUGAUGCAGAAGAUGUGAGAGAACACCAAAACCGUCUUGCUAAGAUGCGCAGCCUUCUAUUCCGUCAUGAAAUGAAAGCAAAGCGUAUGAAGAAGAUCAAGUCCAGGACAUAUCAUCGGAUGUUGAAGAAGGACAAAUUGAAGGCAGCAUCAGCAGAUUUCGAGGCAGAUCCUGAAGCUGUCACAGAUCAUGCUAGGAAACAAGAAUUUAAACGGGCAGAGGAAAGGAUGACAUUAAAGCACAAGAAUACAUCACAAUGGGCAAAGCGCAUCCUCAAGCGUGGAUUGUCUGUUCAAGAUGAAGGCACCCGAGCUGCCAUUGCAGCACAGCUCCAACAAAAUACUCUUCUGACUAGAAAAAUGAAUUCCAUGAAGGAUGAUUCUAGUAGUGAAGAAAGUUCAGAUGAUGAUGACGACGAGAGUGACUCAGAAGCAAAAAUCUUAAACAGAGGGAAAGAAAAGAUUCUUAAAGCUCUUGAAGAAGACAAUGAGAUACCGAAUUCUGGAGUUUUUUCGUUGCCUUUCAUGGAGCGUGCUAUGAAAAAGCGCGAGGAAGCAACUUAUGAGGAAGCACGACAGGCUCUUGAAGAAUACGAUGAUUCCUUGAAGAAAUUAGAGGACAAUAACACUGAACAAAACGAAGACAAAGUUAAGGUGUCAGGUAAAAGAACGUUUGGGCCUACCAAAAAUACGCACGAAGAGUUAGUGAAGAGGAAAAAAUUACAAGAUACUGAAAACAGCAGUGAUAGCGAGUAUGAUUCUGAGCCAGCCCAGCCUUUGAGCAAUAAUGAAGUAACUAUGAAACAUGAUGAUACCCAAUUUGGGAGUGCACUACUGGAUGAUGAACCACAGAAUGAUAUAUACAGAAACUUUACUGAUAUCAUAAAAAAUCCUGGUCCUAAGACAACUUUCGAAGUUGGAAUGUUAGCUGGUGAUUCAUGGAAGAAGGUCAAGAGCGACAAAGGAAAGGACCACAGCAAUGCCAAUGACAUUACCAAUAAAUCCAAAAUACCGGUUCCUUCUAUUGUAGACCCACAGCCUAAGCAACAGGAUCACAAUUCCGAUUCAGAUUCUGAGGAAGAGAUGGUUGAAGGCAACUUGACCAUCCCUGACAGAAAGGAGAGCUAUGAACUUCCAUCGCAAGCUGAUCUCAUACGUCAGGCUUUUGCUGGUGAUGAUGUUGAAGCUGAAUUUGAGAAAGACAAAAUGGAUGUUUUAAAUGAGGAGAAUCCUGAACCUGAAAAGCCUGCUCUUGUUCCUGGCUGGGGCCAGUGGACAGACAUCCAACAGAAAAAAGGACUUCCCUCAUGGAUGAUAAAAGAACAUGAAGUUGCUAAAAGAAAUAGAGAAGAAGCCUUGAAGAGGAGGAAAGACUCGAAGCUUAAGCAUGUCAUUAUUUCUGAACAUGUAGAUAAGAAGACUGAAAAGUAUUUGGUAAGGAAACUGCCUUUCCCUUACACUUCGAAAGAUGUGUAUGAGCAGAGCAUUCGAAUGCCUAUUGGGCCUGAUUUCAACCCAGCGAUAUCAGUUUCUGCUCUCAAUCGACCUGCGAUUGUUAAGAAGCCUGGUGUUAUCAUUAAACCAAUACAAUACGAGGAGGUUAAUCCCCAUGAGAAGCUCGAUGAACCAAAACGUGUCAUUCAGAGAGCAACCCCAAACCGGAAUGCAAAGAAAGCCUUUGCCAAACAAGGAAAAAGCGUAACUUCACAAAAGAGAAAGUGACGAGACAGUCAUCUUCUCGUCAAUGGCUUCAUUUGGACAAAGGAGAGCUCAUCCGAAUUUUGUUGCCCCCGCCGAAUUUGCACAUGCAUGGCUCCAGGUGUGUGCAGUGAUUCUUCCCUUUAUGAAAGUUCCCGCUUCGGCGCAUGACCCAUGGGCAAAAGGUUUCACACCACUGGUUUAUGAGAGCAGAGAAAUUUUGGUACAAGUAGUUCUGUAUUUGUUAUUUAUUGCAUUCGCCACGCAUCGUCCAAAUGAGACGGAUGCUAUAUUUCAGUUCUGAUGAUGGCCACUGGUUAACUAGAGUCACCUGUCUUGUAUGGAUCCCCACUUUUCAGACGCCGGUAAAUUUGUAUGAUUUGCGAAAUGUUCGACUGAUCGAAGAUGGCCAAACGGCCAAAAGAUCCAGAUC